CUUACCUGAGGGAGAAAACCGUGACACUUCUCGUAAGGUUAAUUCUCCUCGUCAUUCUGGUUGUACUGAAAUGUAUGAAUGAAAAUUAGUCAGCAAUAGUUUAUAUGAAAAAAGUUAUUUGUUUAUUAAUAGUUAGUUAUUAUUAAUAGGCUUGUGGGUUUAAAGACUAGACUUCAAGAAUUCUGGUUCAGGCUUGCAAGAGGAGUUGAUACCGGUGGUAACAGGCAAAACUUCCGGACAACCACAACUAUCAGAGAAAAUGGGCUCCAGAAUUUUCUCAAAGGAGGAUUUGUCCUGUCCAGUGUGCUGUGACUUCUACAAGGAUCCUGUUCUUCUGACCUGUACUCAUAGCAUCUGCAAAUCUUGCCUUAAGAAGUUCUGCGAAACCAAAGGAUCUAGAGAAUGUCCAGUCUGUAGGAGAAGGAACUCAAGGGAUGAGUAUCCCCUUAAUCCGGUACUAAAGAAGCUGUGUGAGAGUCAAAGAGAACCGUUCUGCAGUCUGCACCGUAAGGAACUUGAGCUCUUCUGUGAAGAUGACACACAGCUUGUGUGUGUGCUGUGUCGUGACUCCAAACUGCAUACGGAGCACAACUUCAGACCCAUCAGUGAAGCUGCACUGGAGCGCAGGGAGGAUCUGAAGAUCAAAUUGCAGCCAUUACAGAGGAAGCUAAGCAGCUUUAAACAAGCUAAAACAACCUGUGAUGACACCGCCCAACACAUGCGAAUGCAGGCCCAAAACACAGAGCAGCAGAUCAAGGAGGAGUUUGAGGAGCUUCACCAGUUUCUUCGAGAUGAAGAGGCAGCCAGGAUAGCUGCACUGAGGGAGGAAGAGAAGCAGAAGAGUAAGACAAUGAAGGAGAAGAUUGAGAACAUAAACAGAGUGAUCUCAUCACUUUCAGACACCAUUAGAGCCAUAGAAGAGGAGAUGGGAGCUGAUGACAUCACAUUCCUGCAGAAUUACAAGAGCACAGUGGAAAGAGCACAGUGCCCACUGCAGGAUCCAGAGAGGGUUUCAGGAGCUCUGAUUGAUGUGGCAAAGCACCUGGGCAACCUGAAGGUCAGAGUCUGGGAGAAGAUGCAGGACACUAUUCAGUACUCUCCUGUGAUUCUGGAUCCCAACACGGCACACCAUCUGCUAGUCCUGUCUGAGGAUCUGACCAGCGUUAAACUCGGCACUGAGCAGAAGCUUCCUGAUAACCCCGAGAGAUUUGACAGAAACCUCUGUGUGCUGGGCUCGGAGGGCUUUAACUCUGGGACUCAUCACUGGGCUGUGGAUGUCGGGGAUGGUAAAUCCUGGAUGGUGGGAGUGAAGGCAGCGUCAGGCCAGAGGAAGGGAGACCUCUCCAUCACCAGUGGAGUCUGGAGAGUGACUUACAUUAAUGGUGAAUACAAAGCACGAUCUCCAUCCCAGCCAAAGAUUCUCCUCUUUGUGAGUCAGAAACUCCAGAGGAUCAGAAUGCGUCUAGCCUUGGACAGCGGGAAGCUGUCGUUCUUCAACCAUGAUGAUAACACACACUUACACACUUUCACAAACUCUUUCACUGAGAGAGUGUUUCCAUGCUUCCUUAGUUGGUCUCCCAUGAGAAUCAUACCUAUGAAAGUGUGAGAAACAGGAAGCAGCUUCGACAUUGAUACCUUGACUAGUUUGUUAUUACGUGUGUUGACAUUACAGCUCACAUUUAUCUUAAAAGAAGGCAUCAGUGACAUGCAUGUCUGAUAUUUUAUAAUAUGCAGAUAUGAAUAUGAUUUUACAAACCAGUUUUGGCCUCUCUCCACCGACCCGGAGAAUCAUGCCAAUUAUGCAAUAUUGCAGAUAUGCUUGUCCAGAUUUUGUACAAUAUUGUCAAUACAAAAUAAUUUUAAAAUGAAUGCUUAAUUGUGACUUUAUUUCCAUUAAAGCAUAACUCUGGCAAAAGUUUACCCCAGGGUCUUUUAAAACACUUUUGUAUAUAUUUAAGCAUUUUGAUCAGUAAUAUUGUUCCAAACAGCAUCAAACCUCAUCAGUAACUUGCUCAGGGUCCCCACAUAUAAAAACACAAAUAAUAGAUUAACCAAGCGCAACAGUACAAUGAAUCCUUGCGAUACUGGGUUGGAGGAGCUGGUUAUUUAAUUUAGUUAAUGUUAACCUAUGCUUGAUAUCAUCAACUAGCCCUUUAACUUUACUUAGUGGUCACAUCCCUUUUAUACUGCAGUCUGUAACAGCUGAUGAGCACACAUGUGUCUGAGUGUCUGUGUUAUUUUCUGCUUCACAUUCAUAUAUUAACAUGAUACAGUAUGCAUGUUUUUGUGCGUGUUUUUGUAUUGGUGUGCAAGAAUAUGCUUGUGUCUGUGUACUGAUAAAUAUCAUUGUAAAUCUGACAUAGCUCAGUGAAAAGCU